GCGGCGGCGCGCUGGCGCAUGCGCUUUGCUCGACUGCGAGAUGGCGGCGGCUGCGUUGUGCUGGGCGGUGCGGGUGGCGCGGCAGAUAUUCCCUUUGCCAUGCACAGGGCAGGUGCGUGGUUACUAUGUGAACUGGAGGAUGCUACGUGACGCAAAAAGAAGGAAGCUGACUUACGAGUACGCAGAAGAGAGGCUGCGGAUCAACGCCCUGCGGAAGAACACCAUCUUGCCCAAAGAACUUAAGGAAAUAGCUGACAAAGAGAUUACCGCCCUGCCCCGGGACAGCUGCCCUGUGAGAAUCCGGAAUAGGUGUGUCCUGACAUCUCGUCCUCGAGGUGUGAAAUGGCGCUGGCGGGUUAGUCGAAUUGUCUUCCGCCACCUGGCUGACCACGGUCAUAUGUCUGGGAUACAGAGAGCUAUGUGGUAAAUCACCGCCAGGACUUCUUUGUUAAAAAGAGACAGACUGGGCCCAGUUCAUGCUUUCCAGGAAUUACAGCAAAAUUGUUUUUGCUUCUAUGUCCAGCAUAGGUGUUAUAGCAAGGAACAGAAGCAGUGGUCCCACUAUAGUUCAGUCUUAAGGGCCCUGACAGUUGCCAGAGAAAGGGACGGGAGAAAGCAUGAAUGCAUUGAGCCAGUCUGUAUGAGACAGUUUUACUUUGACACAGAAUUGCUACCUUCUUAUUAAAGACCAAGCUGAAAUUUGUAAUGAGAAACAUUAAAAACAGAUAUAGCACAAGAAUGGUUUACUCCUUG